AUGCCCGACAGUGCGCAAGAGGAGCCUAUGCCAUGGCACCUCGGCGUCUUCGACGCACAUUGCCACCCAACCGACACCCUGUCUAGCCUCCAGUCCAUACCGACCAUGCGAGCGAAAGUCCUCACCGUAAUGGCCACCCGAGCCCAAGAUCAGGAGCUCGUCGCCCAAGCAGCCGACGACAUGGGCCUGACUGAAGCUGAAGUCAACGAUUCCACGAUGAACUGGAGCGCCACGCACAAAGUCUUGCCAGCCUUUGGAUGGCAUCCUUGGUUCUCGCAUCAGAUGUUUGACGAGGCUGAGUAUAAUGGAGCUACGAAACUGAACGCCGAGCAAAAGGCCAAGCAUUAUCGAGGUGCUCUGACUCCGAAGCCCGAAGACGAUGCGUUCGUGCAGAGUCUGCCAGAUCCGAAGCCUUUUGGGGAGUGUAUUGGACAGACUCGUGAUUACCUGAAGAAAUACCCACUGGCGUUGAUCGGAGAAGUGGGUCUGGACAAGGCCUUCCGUAUACCAGAAGCCUGGCUUCCGGAACAGACUGAAGCACGGAAUGAUGGCUUGACACCUGGAGGUCGAGAAGGAAGGAGGUUGAGUCCGUACAGAGUUGACAUGGAACAUCAGAAGAAGGUGCUUCUAGCACAACUUGCUCUUGCCGGAGAGAUGCAGCGUGCGUGCUCAGUCCACGGUGUCCAGGCCCAUGGUAUCGUGCAUGAUACCGUGGCUCAGACAUGGAAAGGCCAUGAGAGACUUUCCAAGAAAGAAAGACGCAAAGUCGCUGCCAAUGCCGAGCCAGAAGAAGAAGACCAAUCAGGACCCAAGCCAUACCCGCCCAGGAUAUGCUUGCAUUCAUUCUCGGGUCCAGCGGAGACUGUCAAGCAGUACAUUGCACCUUCGGUCCCGUGUGAGGUGUUCUUCAGCUUUAGUACUACCAUCAACUCCUGGGCUGAAGACGGGAAUGGCAAAGUCGAAGCUGCUGUCAAGGCUGUGCCGGACGAUCGUGUCCUCAUCGAGAGUGACUUGCAUACGGCUGGAGAUCGCAUGGACCAGUACCUGGAAGAAGUUGUCAGAAAGAUCUGCCAAGUCAAGAGAUGGAGUCUGGAAGACGGUGUGCGGCAACUCGCGAGGAACUGGAAGAAGUUUGCGCUCGGAAAAGAGUGA